GCUUUAUGAUGCUUCAAGAAGUAGAGGGAUCAUUUCCCGCUGAGCAGCCUCUGAUCAGCCUCCUUUAAACCAUCAAGAUGCCGAUGUCUACUCUUCCGGCAUCUAUUUUGUCUCACAUGAUAGCUAUUAACAAUGUACCUCCUCCACCGCUUCGCAGUAUACCAAGUUUGAAAGUGUCUAAACACAUUAAUUAUGGUCAGUUGAAUGCGCUAUGCCACAUUAGAGGACUACACCACAGCCACAGUUCUUGCAAUAUUGUAUCUGCUCACAACACAUUUAUGAAGCAAUAUCCUGAAAUAUUUCUGCACAAAAAGCCCAUAUUGCCUAAAAUUUCAAAGCAGAUCAGACAAAGAAAACCUAGAGAAAAAGCAGAAGACAGUCUGUACCAGCAUCCUGAUGAUUUUCACAAUAUAGCUGUGCACAUUAAAAAAGCUCGUGGUGGUCAAGAUUUACGUGGGUCCCAAGUAACCCCAGAGAAGAUAGCGGAAUUUCUAGCCAUCUUAAAGAAACUGCCUGUUCACAGAACAGCACAGGAACACAAUAUAGUGUGGAAGAUGCUGAGGACAAUUCCGGAGUUAAACUCUAACCUAAGUAAAGAGCAUCUGAAGAUUGUUAGCAGGAAUCUUGUUUCUCAAACAUGGAUAAAGGGCAGCACAGUGACUGCAAGUGAUGGAUUUUACAUAAUAUUGAAAGGCGUAGCCCGAUAUCAACCAAAAGUCUGGAACGGUCUGAAUGAGAAAAUGGACUCAGCAGUCAGCUACAAUCCUCUGACUUCCAGUAGCCUUGCUAUGUUGGAAAACUUCAGAAGUUCUGACGUUUCUGAUGUGUAUGCGCGUUCACCUGACUCAAAGCUCGGUCAGUGGAGCACCUUUGGAUCCCUGGAUCUCGAAUUAGAAACACAACCUUUCUCAGUGGUGACAGAAGAGGAAUGUGAAAUCCUUAAAAUCUCUGCUAAGGAAUAUGAAAAAUUAAAAAUGGAAAAGAUAAAACAGGACAACAUACAGAAGUUUAAGUUAAUCCAUAAUUGUCCAUAUUAUGAAGAGUGGCCUACUUUAUCCAUAAAUGAACUAGUUAUGCUCAUUAAAUGGAAAAAGUUUCCUCCAGGUCAUGUAAUAGUGGAAAGCGGUGAUGUAAUUUCUUUCGUGGCUUUCAUUAAUUCCGGAUAUUGCAACAUCUAUAGAAGCAUUAUAGGACUUGUGAAACUACAAACAAACAAAGUGAAAAAAAGUCCAAAACUUGUUUAUAUGGGCAGACUGAAGGAGAAGGAGUCCUUUGGCGAGAUUAGUGUUCUUCUUCAAGAGCCUUUCCCAUGCACCAUCAUUACGGGAAAAGAGGUUGAGAUGGCAAUUAUUGAAGAUAAGGACAUAUUUGAAUUAGAUGAAGUGACCAAACAACUUAUGCUUUAUACUGCUAAACCAACUUUUGGCCAUCUGACAGAGGAAGAUGUCAAACUUAAAUAUAUGGAGCGAGAGCUACGCAAAGAAUGGAAACAAUUCAAGGAUAAGACAUUGAGCAACACCUUGUUUUACAAUGGAAUUUUACCAGGUUUUGGAAAAUGGAUGCAUGACUGGAAAAGCAUUCCCAGGAAUCUAAAGGAUACUCUUUUCAGUUAUUAA